AUGCCGCGUGACCAGACAGUUUGCAAAUAUUGUGGAGUCAGCUACUUAAUCCUUCACGAGUUCAAGCUUUUAGAAGACAAACUCAAAGCAAUGGAAAAAGAACUGAAAUUUUAUCAAGGUAGCGUAGAACGAGAGAAAACGCUACAAGAAGAACUUCGGCGUCUUAGCCAAGAGCUUGAACAAAGCAAGACUGACAGAGAGUCUGGAGCGGAAAGGCUGCAGAUUAUGGCAUUAAGUCUGAAGGAGAAAGAUCAUGAGCUGGAGCUCUUUACUGAACGGUUUAGACGCUGUGAGCAAGAGCUAGCGGUUGCACAUGGCCAGCAGCAGCUGUUUCGAGAAAAAGCAAAUAAGCAGCAUGAAAAAUUAAUGAAGACAGUGUCACUGCUGAAAUGUCUGCAGUCAGAACAGGCAGCUGUUAAAUAUGAUGUCAGGUUGAUGUUGGAGAGCUUCACAACUCUAAAAACACAUCUUAGCACCCAAGUGGAAGGUACCUUCAAAGCAUUUUCAACAGAAAUAACCAGGCUUAAUGAACACCUUGCCAAAUCCCUGGCAGAAAAUGUGUCCCUCCUAAAUCAGAUGAAAGAUCUAGAAACCAUGGCAGAUUCUUUUGUGCUAACAUCACAGCAACUCCAAGCUUCACAUCAGAUAGAAAACGAGUUGAAAACCAGAUGUCAUCAGCUGCAACAGCAAACAAUGGAUUUACAGCACCAGUUGGAAGCAGUAGGACGCGAUUUCCAGAAGGCAAACAAAGAAUUGGAACACUAUAGGGAAAUCUCCGCAAUGAAAACAAUGGAAGCUGAUGAUUUCCUAAGCAAACUCAGAAGAAUGGAGAGUGAUAAGGAGAGCACAGAAACUAGACUCGCUAAGGAUUUGGAAGAUAAAGAGGACACAUUGGCGCAUUUACAGCAAGAGUGCAAAACAUUGCAGGAGGUGAUUGCUGAAAAGGAAAGAACAGAAGAAUAUAGUCGACAAAAAACUCAGCGCAUGGAGACGGAACUGGAAACAAUAAAGGAAAUGUUAAAGCAAACUCAAGAAGAAGUAGCUACCUUACAGCAUGAAAGAGAACUGAAAACUAUGGCUUAUCAGAACAGAAUCGAAGAGCUGGAGGUAGCCCUAAAACAGAGGAUAAUAAGUGAUGAUAAUUGGGAGGCCAAGUUGGAAACUGAGCUUGAAAACGAACGCCAGAAAUACUCACUGAGACUGGAGGAAAUAGAAAAUAAUUUUAAGGAAGAGACAAAGAUGGAACUAGAAAUUGAAAGGCAAAAGCAUGAAGAAUUAAUAAGAAAAUUACAAAAACAACAAGAGGAACUGAAGUCACAGAUACCCAGCUUGUUAUCCAAGGCUCGUGCUGAACUUUAUACAGAUAUAAAUGUCUUAGAGAAGAAGCUACAAGAUGCUCAGGCAAGACUUACUAAUAAAGACCAUGCAAAGGAAAGCGAAAUUGGAAACCUGAAAAAAAUGAUUUCUGAAUUGGAACUUCGGUUACAAAGGGAGCAAAACAAUAGUAGAUCAGCUUUAGAAGACAUGAGAAAAGAUAUGUAUACGAAGUCAGAACAACUUAAAGAGCUCACGCAAUACAUGGAAGAGUUAAAACAUCAACUGGACCAUGCAAAGCAAGAGAACUCAUUUCUUAAAGACACAGUACGUAUGGAGUGUGAAGAGCGCCAUGAGCUCAGAGAGGCUUUGACCCAGGCCAGAGAGCAGCUGUUGGAAUUAAAUCAGUCAAGUGGAACCUUUGCAUCAUCAAACAAACGAUUAAUUAAAGAGAGGCAUCCAUCUAACACAUCAACUGUUGUACGUCAGGAACGUGUUCCAUUUCCGUCAUCAAAUAAUACAUCCAAGCCAAUGAGCCUACCUGGAGAUGGAGUAGGAGACAAAGCAUAUAAGCACAGACAGAGCAGUGUACCAAGUUUGCCUGCUAUACCUCCACCACAUCCACCAAGGAACAGGGCAUCUUCACUUACUGAUGUUAAGCAGAAAAUAACUGCAGUGCUCAGAAGCAAUUCUUCCCAACCAAAUCAUCAACUAACAUCAAGGACAGCAGUAUAACAGAAAUGGCAAUGUACAAUUCAGAUUUUUUAAAGUAAAUAAAGUUUAUUAACUGAAACACACUACAUUGGGUAAAGCUUAUGACAUAUCUGCUUUUAUGUGUAAGGGCAAACAUCAAUCCCUAGCUUCUGUAAAGCUGACAAUUUGGUCUGCCUCUUGUGCCAAGUGUGCAAAGUGAGUGAACAAAAGAAAAAUGCACCCUUUGCAUUCAAAACAGCAUUAUUAUUCUCACACCAUCAAUCAAGCCUUUUGUUCAACA